UUCGGGUGUUUUGCUUGUCCCUCGGCGGCACCCGUAGCCUGCAACAUUCGAUGACGUCAGCGCUGAGGAGGAGUUCCUGAUGAUCCAAACAUCGCCGUACAAAAUAUUCCUAUCCGUUUCUCGAUAUCAGUACGACUGUGAUUAUUUCACAGCAUGGCUGCACAGAAGAUAAAUGAAGCUCACGAGCACAUAGCUAAAGCCGAAAAAUGCUUAAAGACGAGCAUGACGAAGUGGAAGCCGGACUUUGACAGCGCAGCGUCGGAAUACGCCAAAGCAGCUGUCUGCUUCAAGAACGCAAAGCAGUACGAACAGGCGAAGGAUGCUUACCUGAAGGAGGCGGAGUACCACACGGAGAACAAGACGCUUUUUCAUGCUGCAAAAGCUAUUGAACAAGCAGGCAUGAUGCUGAAGGAACAAAAGAAGAUGCCGGAAGCCAUUCAGUACAUAGAGAAGGCAUGCAUGAUGUACAUGGAGAACGGGACUCCCGAUACUGCUGCCAUGGCUCUGGACCGCGCUGGAAAACUGAUUGAGCCUAUUAACCUGGAGAAAGCUGUUGACCUGUACCAAAAAGCAGCUGGAGUGUUCGAGAAUGAGGACCGCCUGCGUCAGGCUGUGGAGCUGCUGGGGAAAGCCUCCAGACUUCUGGUUCGGUUAAAAAGGCUGGACGAGGCUGCAACCGCUCUGCAGAAGGAGAAGAACAUGUACAAAGAGAUUGAGAACUUCCCGAUGUGUUUCAAGAAAACCACGGCUCAAGUGCUGGUUCACCUUCACAGAGGGGACUAUGUGGCAGCAGAUAAAUGCGUCAGAGAAAGUUACAGUCUGCCUGGCUAUAGUGGAAGUGAAGACUGCGUUGCCAUGGAGACACUGCUACAAGGCUUUGAUGAGCAGGAUGAAGACCAAGUUUAUCGCGUGUGCAACUCUCCAUUGCUGAAGUAUAUGGAUAAUGAUUACGCCAAACUGGCCAUUUCCCUGAAGGUCCCUGGAGGAGGAGGAAAGAAGAAGAAGGCUGCCGCUGCUCCACAAGGUGGCAGCAGUGGGGCACAUGCCGCUGGAGGGGAGGAAGAUGAUGAAUACGAGGGUGGGCUUUGUUAGUUUUUCUCCUCUGUCUACAUAUGUCCAAGUGGCAAAUCCUCUAAGUUCUGACGGCUGGCUGUUUAACUUUAAAUGUGGAAAAAAGAAAAGUACAAAAAGUAACCCGAACGGUUAGAGUACGGGAUACAAAAGCAUCAUCGACUUUUAUUUUUUAUUUUAAGUUAUCCUUUGAGGUGGAUCUCUGCCUGUCCUUUAAAAACAUGUCGUCAUAUUUGUUGUGUGUGUGAAGCUGUAUAUUUUGCUGUUACCGUUGGUGGGUAGAGAGUACGAUUAGUGAUGGGAAUCGGGUUCUGAUCGUGUGGUGAUCAGUGUAUAGGUGUUCAUUUGUACAGAGAUAAUUUAUUCAGCAUUCACGCCUCUGCUCUAGCUGGAACGACACUAAAACAAUCGGAAAUCACACGAUUCCUGCAUGUUUGCUUAUAAAAUCAAUAAAAUCAUAUCUAAAUGAUCAAGUGUAACUUAAUAAUUAAAAGCUACUUGUGAUUUUUUUUUUUUUAAUCUGAAAGAAGAUUGAUUUUGUUUACGUGGAGUGUGGGUUUCAGAGGAUGGAAUAUUCCUGACUGAGGUUUUGGUUCCUGAAUCAAUCCUUCGCUAAAAAGAGGGACCACACAGUGAUCUUUACUCUUCAUUCCUUGCAUGACUUCCUGGUCUUUCUGUUAGGAUAACAGUGAGAUGCCAGUUAAAGUCUUGAAAUCUUCAGAUAUCUGUGCUGAUAAAGGGAUUCAUGACUUAAUUUUCAACGGACGCCGUUUCCCACCUCAUGUAAAUCGCUCCGAAGGAGGUUUCUGUGCAAACAUCAAUAAACGUUUCCUCUGUGCUGCA